AUGUCAGCACAAGAAAGUCACAACACACUGGAGGCUCACCAAGUUGAAGAUGCUCAAUCCAAUGAAGAGGAAUUCAUUGACGUGAAUGAAGUUGGUGAGGAAGUUUACGACGACGAUGGUGCAGCUCAGCCGCCACCAGAUGAUGAUGAUAAUGAUGCCGACGAGAUGGAAAUAAAUGAUGAAGAAGAUGAACACGAACACGAGACAUUGGAGAUUGACAUGUCGAAUAACUCAUGGUCCUAUUUUGAUAAACAUCAGGAUAGCGUUUUUACUAUAGUUGCUCAUCCUAGAUUGCCUAUGGUUUUAACAGGUGGUGGUGAUAACGUUGCUUACCUUUGGACCACCCACUCUCAACCACCGAAAUUUGUAGGUGAAAUACAAGGUCAUACCGAAAGUGUCAUAUCAGCAGGUUUCACAAACGAUGGGAAAUAUCUAAUAACCGCAGAUAUGAAUGGUCUUGUACAAGUAUUUAAAACCAGUAAAGGAGGGGAAAAAUGGAACAAAUUUGGCGAAUUGAACGAGGUUGGGGAAGUUUUAUUUGUCACUGCGCAUCCUGAAUUGAAUUAUUUUGCGUUUGGAGCAAAUGAUGGGUCCAUAUGGGUUUAUCAAAUUGAUGAGGAGAGUAAACUGUUGGUUCAGAUAAUGUCAGGGUUCAGUCAUACAUUGGAAUGUAAUGGUGCUGUUUUCAUUCCUGGUAAAGAUGAGAAUGAUUUGACCUUGGUUUCUAUAUCAGAAGAUGGAACUGUGGUGAAUUGGAAUUGUUUCACUGGUGCCGUCAACUACAAGUUACAACCACACGAUGACUUCAAGGGUGUGGAGAGCCCUUGGGUCACAAUCAAGCAUUAUGGUCAUGUGAUUGCAGUUGGUGGAAGAGAUGGGCAGCUAUCAAUUAUUAAUAAUGACACUGGGAAAAUAUUGACGUCGGUAAAGACCUUGGACAAUGUAGAGGAUGUUGCUGAAUUAUCAAUUGAAGCAUUGUGCUGGUGCAACAACAAAAAUAUCAAUUUGCUAGCAGUUGGUCUUGUAUCAGGUGAUGUAUUAUUGUUUGAUACACAACAAUGGAGAUUGAGAAAGAAUUUGAAAGUUGAUGAUGCAAUUACUAAACUAGAGUUUAUCAAUGAUACACCCUUCCUUGUUGGAUCUUCAAUGAACGGGAAAAUUUACAAGUGGGAUGCCCGUACUGGUGAAGAGUUGUUUGUUGGUGUUGGCCAUAAUAUGGGUAUCUUGGAUUUUGCAAUCUUGGAAAAUGGUAAAAAAGUGGCCACUGCUGGUGACGAAGGUGUUUCAUUAUUGUUUGUAACUGAAUAG